AUGGCCGACCAAAUCCUCGCUGCUUCCAAAAAGCACCCCAAACCCGCAGAGCGUGUCUUCCAGUAUGGCACUGCGGGGUUCCGAAUGAAAGCCACCCUCCUCGACAGCGUUGUCUUUCGCGUUGGCCUCGUCGCCGCCCUGCGAUCACGCAAACUCGGCGGUCAAACAAUUGGGGUUAUGAUCACAGCUUCCCAUAACCCUCCCGAGGACAAUGGCGUCAAGCUUGUGGAUCCAAUGGGAGAAAUGCUGGAGAACUCGUGGGAGGCAUAUUCGACUGAGUUGGCUAAUGCGAAGAACGAGGACGUGGCCAAGGUGUACAAGAACUUGGAGGAAAAGCUCAAGAUCAACCCCGGGACUCCUGCGAGAGUUAUCUAUGCGCGGGAUACGAGACCAAGUGGUCCUGCACUGGUAACUGCAUUGGUUGAUGCGCUGAAGGCUGCGGGGGCCGAGUAUACGGACUACAAGCUUCUCACGACACCUCAAUUGCAUUACCUUACGAGAUGCACGAACACGGAGGGUACUCCGCAAAGUUAUGGAGAGGUUAGCGAGAAGGGAUACUACGAGAAACUGGCUGCAGCGUUUGUCCGGGCCAUGAAGGGGAAGAAGGCUGUUGGCCCGGUCACUGUUGACUGUGCCAAUGGAGUCGGUGGACCUAAGUUGGCGGAGCUAAUGAAGUUCCUACCGAAAGCUUCAGAGGGAGGCGUAGAAAUAAAAAUAAUUAAUGACGACGUCUUGAAGGCUGAGGUGUUGAACCACGAUUGCGGUGCAGACUAUGUCAAGACCAAGCAACGAGCACCUCCAUCUUCCAAAGUCGGCCCCAACGAGCGCUGCUGUUCGCUGGACGGUGAUGCCGAUCGCGUCAUCUACUACUUUAACGACCCCGAGCAUGGCUUCCGCCUCCUUGACGGCGACAAGAUCGCAACGCUCGCCGCAUCCUUCAUCGGAGACCUCGCUAAGGAAGCAAAGCUAUCAGAUGAGCUCAAGAUCGGCGUCGUGCAAACCGCCUACGCCAACGGCGCAUCCACAAAAUACGUGGAAAAGUCCCUCGGUCUCCCCGUCGUCUGCACGCCGACUGGAGUAAAGUGGUUGCACCACGCAGCGACCAAGUUCGACGUCGGCGUGUACUUUGAAGCCAACGGCCACGGUACUGUCGUGUUCUCUCAACAGGCGCUCAAGGCCUUCAAAACCAAGACGCCUGAAUCUCCCGCGCAAGCGCAAGCUCUGGAAACCCUCCGCGCACUUACAGACCUCAUCAACCAGACCGUGGGCGAUGCCCUGUCCGAUAUGCUUCUUGUCGAGACGAUCCUCGCGCACAAAUCAUGGACACCGCGCGAAUGGGACCUCACCUAUGUCGACCUUCCCAAUAGACUUGUCCGGGUCGAAGUCGGCGACAGAAACCGGUUCAAGACGACCGACGCGGAGAGAAAAUUAGUCGCGCCGGAAGGCCUUCAGGAGGAAAUUGACGUCCUGGUCAAGAAGUUCAAGGAUGGACGAAGCUUCGCUAGGGCUUCGGGCACAGAAGAUGCCGUCAGAGUAUAUGCCGAAGCAGCAACGAGAAGCGAGGCAGAUGAUCUCGCGAGCAAGGUGGCGGGACUCUGUAGUCUGAACGGUGGUGCUGCUAAUUAG